UGAGACAUCAGAGCGUUUAUUAACCAUAUGACAGUUUAUCAAACAAGAAAUCUCGUGUAGUGAAAUGACAUGUGUCAGUAAAAGAUGGAGGGCCUACUCCGUUGUGCUUGGAGGAGUCCUGAUUCACCUGACCCUGGGAACCAUUUAUACGUUUGGAAACAUGACACCGUAUAUGACAUCCUACAUGAAAAAACAUAAAAUAGAUGAAACUCUGAAUUAUGCUGAGAGUACGUGGAUUAUGUCUUUAGCCGCUAUGGGUCAAGGAACGUCCAUGUUUCUGGGAGGCAUGCUGUACAAAGCUCUGGGACCCAAACUCUCCACGCUUAUUGGUGGCUGGUUAGCAAGUGCAGGUGUAGCGCUAACAUUCUUCACCAUAAAAUCCUCAUUUUAUUGGACACUAUUCACAUAUGGAUUUAUGUUUGGAAUUGGUGUCGGUUUGGCUUAUGCAACACCAAUGGGUUGUGCCAUGAAGUGGUUACCACACAAGGAGGGAUUGGUUAAUGGCUGUGUUGUCGCUGGUUUUGGUGGAGGAGCUUUCAUCUUUGAUCAAAUUCAAACAGCCUUUAUUAAUCCGGACAACCAGAAGGCAGAUUUGAACGUAGAUGGAGAAAAGUAUUUUACACAGGACAGUAUUUUAGAUAGAGUUCCACAUAGUUUUCUAUUGUUAGGCGGUUGCUACGCCGCAAUGCAGUUUAUCGGCUCCAUGUUGCUUCAGGAACCCCCUGAGCAAUAUCGUCCGUUGCUCAAUUGCGAAGAAGUAGGAGAAAAGAAAAGUGGUAAAAAUAAUGACGAAGCAGCCGCCAUGCUGGAUGAUGAAAGUAUCGGUGACAAAGAAAAUGAAAGUUCUGACAGUGAAGAAAGAAACUUUUCGCCGAGGGAAACAUUACGACAGUCUGAAUUUUACAAGCUCUGGUUCAUUUAUUUAUUCAACGGGCAGGGAAUUAGUUUUAUAUCUUCGUUAUACAAGGCGUUUGGACAAACUUUCAUCAGUGACGACUACUUUCUGGCAGUUGUAGGUUCGCUGUCAGCUGUCUGCAAUGGAGGAGGUCGCAUAAUGUGGGGUGCCUUAGCAGAUAAAUUUUCCUUUAAGACUGCCAUGGUAUUUUCGACUGGCCUAUUCUCCUUUUUUAUUCUAAGUUUUGAACUGACGAGUUUAGUUGGAAAACCUUUGUAUCUUAUAUGGGUUUGUUGUCUAUUUCUAUCAUUCUCCGGAAAUUUUUCACUGUUACCAACAGCUACUGCGAGGGCGUUCGGGAAAGUGCACUACGGUGUCAACUACGGAAUGGUCUUCACUGCCUCUGUUAUAUCAUCUCCUGUAUCAGCGCUGCUGACGUCAAAACUAAAAGCUGUCAUCCACUGGUAUGGCAUGUUUUACAUGGUAGCAUUUUUUUCAUUUCUAAGCAUGUGUUUGGCGUGGUCAUUUAAUGUAAAAGAUUCAAGAGGCAAAGACAUUUGACAUAACAAGAAUCAAUCUUAGAAAUUAUUCGUACAUUUUAAUCCCGAAUUAGCUAUUCUGUGUACAAAGUGCACGUCCAUAUCUGGGUUCAAAACGACAUUUCAGAUUGAGUUAUUUCGGGAUUGGAUAUUGAAUGUACAAUAUA